CGCUUGCGCGCCCAAAGCGGCCGAAGUUUCCCUUUCUGCAUCGUCGCUUGACUGCCCUUUUUCCGAGUCAAACGGCCGGUCUGUCGGUCGAUGUGGCCGCGGGGGUCCGCGGGGCUGGGCUGGGCCCCCCCGCCUCCCAAUGCAGCGAGACGUGGGCAGUUUCCCCGUGGCCCCCGCCGUGCGGGCGAAGCUGGUGGCCGCGGGCUUCCAGACGGCCGAGGAGCUGCUCCACGUCAGUCCUUCCGACCUCAAUAAAGAAAUUGGAAUUUCUAAAGAGGAUGCAUUGGAAACACUGCAGAUUAUAAGACGAGAAUGUGUGUCACAUAUGCCAAAAUCGUCAUGUGCAUCAGAAUCAGGAAAUAAAUAUACAGCCCUGGAACUUCUUGAGCAAGAACACACUCAAGGCUUCAUAAUUACUUUCUGUUCAGCUCUGGAUAAUAUUCUGGGAGGAGGAAUACCCCUCACCAAAACAACAGAAAUUUGUGGUGGUCCUGGUGUUGGAAAAACACAGUUAUGUAUUCAGCUGGCAGUUGAUGUACAGAUACCGGAAUGCUUUGGUGGAGUGGCAGGCGAAGCAGUUUUCAUUGACACAGAGGGAAGUUUUCUGGUGGAUCGAGUGGAAGCUAUCGCCACUGCCUGUAUUCAGCACCUCCAGCUUGUUGCAGAAUCACAUCUGGAAGAGGAGCAACAAAAAGCCUUGGAGAAUUUCUCCCUUGAAAGCAUCCUGGCCCAUAUCUAUUAUUUUCGUUGUCACGACUACACGGAGCUGUUGGCACAGAUUUACCUCCUGUCAGACUUCCUCUCGGAACAUUCAAAGGUGCGCUUGGUGGUAGUGGAUGGUAUCGCCUUCCCUUUUCGCCAUGACUUCGAUGACCUCUCUCUGCGAACAAGACUGCUAAAUGGCUUGGCCCAGCAACUGAUUAGCCUAGCAAAUGAUCACAAAUUAGCUGUAAUUUUGACAAAUCAAAUGACCACAAAGAUUGAUCAGAAUCAGUCCAUAUUGGUACCAGCUUUAGGGGACAGCUGGGGACAUGCAGCGACAAUUCGGAUAAUUCUUCACUGGGACAGAAAGCAGAGGUUGGCAACAUUGUGCAAAUCACCAAGUCAGAAGGAGUCAACGGUUUCAUACCAAAUUACAUGCCAAGGUUUCCGAGAUGUCACUGCUUCUCCUCCACGGUCAACUCCAAAAGAAGCUUCAGAGAAUCCUCGCAAGAGGCCCCGAGUGGAAAGCUAAGAUGACUCACAUUCCAAAGAGUAAUUGUGAUAUUUUGCCAGUCGAUUUUUAAAAUGUUACCAAAUCUGGCUAGUCGUGUUUUAAUUGAUUCAGAAAAAACAUAUUUUUGUGGAAUGUGCCCCACCUAAACACCCAGAAUAAGUUUUUUCGGUGGAGUUUUCUCAGAAACUGUUAUUUUUGCCUUCUUUGGUAUGUGCGAUACUUGUCAGCCUUAUUCGGUGGAUACAUUGUCAACGGAAAGACAUUAUGAUUCUGGAGUUCAGAUCUGGGCUUUGUACCUUAAAGUAGUUCCCAUUCUUUCCCCCCCUCCUCCAUUCCCUUUCCCCCUUUCUCCUCCCACACUCCGAUUUCUUGGGCUGACAAUCCAACUUGUUUUUGAAGCACAAAAAUGCAAAUAAUUUCAAGCAUCCUUAUGGAGUUGCCAGCAAAAUUUCAAACCGUUGAUGAGAGGAUCAAAAUUUAGAAAGUUGUUGUUUAUUACAGAGCUCCAUUGAUCUCCCUGGGGCUGCGGGAGCCGUCUGAUCCCUCCACUCCCCCCAAAUAUAUUGUGAGCUGUUUGUCAUUCAGAGCGUCCUCAGUCUGGUUCCUAGUAGCUUAGUAUUGAGAAACCUAAAAUGAGCUUAGACCAUUUUGUCUGUAAGUUAUAGUCUUCUCGUUUGAUUAAAGGAAUUUCUUAGGCU